AUGAUUCAAUUUUAACUAGAUAUUCUACUACCUCCUUAUCAACCAAAAGGAGUAAUAAUAAAAUAGAAUAUUGUUUAAGUGGAUUAUUUAGAUCCUAAUAAGAACGAGUUUGUUAUUCAUGUUGGUUAGAGAAAAUUUUAGUUAAAAGCAGAAAGCAAGGAAAUAAAGGAAAAAUGGCUAGACAUUUUGAAAGUACCAUUUAAUUAAAUGUCCAAAACUAAGUCUGAAUUAUCCACUAUGAAUAAGGUUAAGUGGCAUGAAAUACCUAUACAAACAAUUAUUUAAUUUUAUUUGAGAAGAGAAGAAAUUUUAUCUAAUAUUAUUCAAUAAAAAACACAAGAUACAUAAAGUUCACUAAUUAAAUCAUCCUAUAUUUAAUAGACAAUUGAAGCUAUGGGUGAUAAAAACAAAGAGUUUAUUUUGAGAUUGUUAGUUGAAAAAAAGUCUGUAAAGAAUCCAUUAGUUAAAAAGAAGAGAUGGAUGUUGCUUUUUACUUCCAUAAGUAUUGAAUCUUUAGACUAGAUUCAUUAAUUUAUUAAGUUCAUUCCUUAAUAAUAUACUUUGGAUACUAUAAAUUUAUUAAAAUAUGAAAACAACUUAGCAACAUUGACAAAGACAACUAUAGAAUUAUACUAAAUCUAAAAUUUGAGGUUUAGUGUUACUAAUGAAUAUCAAAUAAAUUUUAUGUUCAAUGGUCGAGUAUUCGAAUUAAUUUUUCCUUAUUUAAGUGAUGCUAAGAAACUCCAUGAUUAUAUCAUUAAAUGUUAACAAAUUAAUAAUAGUAUGCCUGUUUAAGUAAGUAGAACUAAUUAAAUACCUGUCUAUAAAAUGUAGGAUAGUAAAAGAAGAAUUAUUAAUCUGAAGGGAAAAACUAUUUUAGAGAAUUAAGUUGAAAAGAAGAUUAAUGCAACCCAAUGGAAAAAUGUUAUACUUACAUUGAAGGAACAUGCUUUAUUUUGGGAAUUAGUUGAUACUGAAGAAUAUUCAAAUAUUGAAUUGAAAUCUAUUUCAACAAUUGAGUAAUGUAAUCGAAUGUUCACAAUUAUUGUAAAUGAUUAAAAUACAGUUCAAUAGCAAUUUAGAGUAUCAACAAUACAAGAAGCCGAUGAAUGGACGGGUUAAUUAUCUUAUAUGACGGAUAUUGAAAUUACUUUUAAAGUAUUGGAGAAAUCCCAAACUCUAUAAAAUUAUCAAUAAAAUGCACUAACAAACUAAUCGUAGACUUAAUAAUUAACAAAAUAAAAGACUUAAUAAUAAUAGUUAGAAUAAAAGAAACCCUCUUUUUUUCAAUAGUUUUUUUGUUGGGGAGGUGAGAGAAAAGAAUAAUGA